AUGUUGGGAGACAAGGCUCACGGUGUGACUUUGAAGGUUAUGGAAUACACAUAUGAUGAUGACCUUGAAGAGCUGUGUCCUGUGUGUGGAGACAAAGUGUCUGGAUACCACUACGGUCUGCUCACUUGUGAGAGCUGCAAGGGCUUCUUUAAGAGGACGGUGCAGAAUAACAAGAGGUACACAUGUGCGGAAAACCAGGAGUGUAAAAUAGACAAGACCCAGAGGAAGAGAUGUCCUUUCUGUCGCUUCCAGAAAUGCCUCAACGUCGGGAUGCGGCUAGAAGCGGUGCGAGCAGACCGCAUGCGUGGGGGGAGGAAUAAAUUUGGCCCCAUGUACAAGAGAGACAGGGCCCUGAAGCAACAGAAGAAAGCUUUGAUACGAUCCAAUGGUUUCAAGCUGGAGAGCGCAGCUCUUCCACCAGCAUCUCCGCUGCAGACUGACUAUGGCUUCACCGGCACCCUGCACACGCUGCCCACCAUUUCCAAAAAUUUGCUCCCCUCCACCCCAAGCUCAAUCACCCCGACAGACUACGAGGCCAACCUCUAUGGACCCCCAUCCUUAGGCAUGGCCAUGCAGUCCCACAUGCCGAUCACUAGCCAGUACCAGUACACAGCCUUCCCUGGCAGGGCAAUUAAAGCUGAGUGUCCUGACUACACCAGCUCACCUGAGUCUCUGACAGGAUACCCCUACCCAGACAUGUACCCCUCAGCCUCGCCACAGCCGCCCAGCCUGCCACCACUGGUGCUGGAGCUACUGCGCUGUGAUCCAGAUGAACUGGUGGUGCAGAAUAAGAUUGUGACUCAUCUGCAGCAGGAGCAGAGUGGCCGGGGCCGGCUGGACAAGCCCAGCACCUUCAGUCUAAUGUGUCGCAUGGCAGACCAGACUCUCUUCUCCAUAGUGGAGUGGGCUCGAAGCUGCAUCUUUUUCAAGGAGCUCAGGGUGGGAGAUCAAAUGAAGCUGCUCCAUAACUGCUGGUCGGAACUCCUGGUCCUGGAUCACAUUUUCAGACAAGUGCAACAUGGAAAGGAAGACAGUAUCCUGCUGGUGACCGGCCAGGAGGUGGAGCUGUCAUCCAUCCUGUCCCAAGCUGAGGUCACUCUGUCCGGUUUGGUGCAGAGAGGUCAGGAGCUGGCGGCGAGGUUGCGGGUGCUGCAGGUUGACUGUAGAGAGAUCGCCUGCAUGAAAUUCCUCCUCCUGUUCAACCCCAAUGUGAAGCUGCUGGAGAACCAGGCAUUUGUGGAGGGUGUCCAGGAACAGGUGAAUGCGGCUCUGCUGGAGUACACCCUGUCCACCUACCCUCAGUUCCAGGAGAAGUUCAGCCAGCUGGUGAUGCGGCUGCCAGAGCUGCGCUCCCUCAGCACGCAGGCCGAGGACUACCUGUGCUACAUGCAUCUGAGUGGAGAGGUGCCCUGCAACAACCUGCUCAUUGAGAUGCUGCAUGCCAAACGAGCGUGAGUGUAAGGGAUGUGCGCAGAAGGCUCCACCUUCAUGUGCUGUUUGUUUAAGUGAGUGUGUAAGGGAGAGUGUGAGAGAGAUGAACAAAAUCUAAGGAGAUACACAGGUUCGUACUGGGUCAUCUUAGUGAGUUGAGUUGAGUUGGAGAGGAGAAAAUGUCCGUUUGAGUUUGGAGUUAUAAAGUUCCAUCUGUAUUCAAGGCAGAUUGGCUAUUUUGAGUGUUAAUGUUUUUAUAUCCUUGAAAGCUCCAUUAACAUGACCUUUGUAAACUGGAUUUUCUGCCCUGUUUUCAAAAACCUAAAAAUAAGAUCUGCCUGUAGAGUUGCAUUAAAUUAUCUUUUACCAAAUAUAACCAAUGGCACCAACACGAUUUCCAACGUCCCACAGCUGCCCAGCAAACAUUUAAACUCAGUGAUACUGAUAGGAUGUUUUUAAUGUGAGAUUGGGUGCUGGUUGAGCUGAUGUUCAUCUGUCUCGAAACAAGAUGGGACUAUUUUUAUGAAAACAUCUGAUGGUUGGGUAGCUACCGUGCACCUUAUGCGACCUCAUGAUACCAAGAUCAGCAACGUUGUUCCCAGAUUAUUAUUAUUAUUAGAUUAUUAUUUAGAUGCAUACAGACAUCAGGGUUUUAAACAAUGUGGUCUUGUCAGACUAGAUUAAAACUGCUCUUAUCUCUGCAUUUGUUCUUCAAGUCACCAACUUUACAAAAAAAAAACUAAAAACGCUGUGGCUCAGUAUAGUUUUACUUUAAUCUAUUUAGAUGUUAAUAAAUUGGUAUAUCAAAGCCAGAUAUGAUAAGAGAAAUAUAAUUAUUCAUCAAACUCUGAAACAGAGAGGGAGAGGGACACAGGCAGAUAAAGGAGACGGUAAAUAGAGAAACUGCACUCAGUAUACACUGUGCUUUGUGGGUGAAAAAAUAAAAGGAAUUCAGAGCAGGGAGGGGAUGGAGAAAAGACACAUCGGUGUGCUAAUUGUAAGAAAGACACAAAUGAAAAUGACAGCAUUUUUCUAAAACAGAAAACGUGUGAAAGCAAAAGGAAGCAUCAGUGAGUGUUUGCCCUUCAGCAAAGAUGACACAGGGAUGGAAAAGGCAACAUUUGGUUUCAAGUUUCUUUUCAAAAUGUAAUUUGUUUAGUCCAUAUCUCAAGAAAACAACAGGCCCUCAAAAAAGAAAGGUUACGUUUGUGUCACUUUUCAACACACUGACUCAUUGACACAUUGACUGAUCAUCGGUGCUGUUACUGAGACGGUUGUUGGAGCACAUAAUGAAAAAGAUGACAUUUUACGAACAUAUACCUUCUGUAAUUAAUGCUGAUGUGCUAAUAUUUCCUUGUUGUCAUCAAAUCUUCCCUGCCCUGUGUUUGACUGACAGCCAAGUCCACUGGUUCCUGCUGAAGACAUAAACCAUUAGAAACCUGUCACUAAUAUAAAGCUUCAAUUUUGAAAAGCUCAGUCCUUUCCUGAAACAGCUGAUCAAAUGUCACUUGUCGGGCACUAUUUCUAAUUUCACUUUUCAAUGUUGGGAUUAUAGUAACUGUUGACAGCAGCAACUCACUGCAUGUUAGCAGUGAAGUACAGUCAUCUUGUUCUGCUUGGUCUCCAAACAACUGGGUCUAUACAAAGCAAAGGAUGCUGGUUAACUUCAGGUUACUAAAUGUCUUUUGUCAAGUUUAGGGGAAAUCAGGAUUAUGAUUUAAUAAAAAGACGUUAAACAUA